AUUGACGUUUGUCAACGGUAAUUUUCAAAUGUUUGUAAUCUGUUCAAGUUUUAAAACGUAUUUUGCAUAUAAAAAAUAUUCAGAACCAAAAUGACGACGGCAACGCAAAAAACUAAAAACGCUAUUACCUUAAAAGGUUCUUCGGAGAUUGUGUGCGAUUAUUUAAAUUAUGGUAUUAAUUCUAUUUUGUACCAAAGAGGUUUAUAUCCACCUGAAACGUUUCAGACAGCUGAGAACUAUGGGUUAACUAUAUUAAUGUCCACAAAUGAGAAAAUCAAGGAUUUUUUAAAAGCUACGUUGGAUCAGCUUAAAGAUUGGUUAGUGGAUAGAACUGUAAAUAAAGUAGCCUUGAUCAUUUCAAAUGUAAAAACCCUGGAAGUUAUGGAAAGAUGGGAUUUUAAAGUGGAAUAUGAAGGAAACGUUGGCGAUGGAGACUCUGAACAAACAUCGGAAAAACCGUUAAAACAAAUAAAAAACGAAAUUAGGGAUGUUCUUAAACAAAUUGCUUCAUCUGUUGCCUACUUACCGCUGUUAGAUUGUUUAUGUAGUUUUGAUAUUCAAAUUUAUACCAAGAAUAAGGUGGAAUUGCCUACAGAAUGGUCUGAAGCUGAACCAGCUAACAUUAAGAAUGCUCAGUCUGUUAAAAUGAGGUCUUUCUCCACUCAAAUUCAUAAAAUGGAAACUGUCGUGACAUAUAAAAAUGAAGACUGAUUGUU